AAACAUGGCUUCCACAGUAGUGAAGUAAACAAUGCAUGUCUGAAGGAAAAAUAUCCUAUAGCGUGAACAAGAAGUGAACAGGAUCGGUGACCAAUAAUGGGGACGGGAGCAAGUACAUCAAGGCAGCAGUGGACUGCAGCCGAUGAAGACAAUACGGCUGUUGAAGAUGUUAGACCGCGUACGGCCGCAAAUGCGAACCUUCCUACAAACGACAUGACUGGAAUGACGAAAUUAGUGGAAGCUAAAAACAAGUUUUUGAAGAUCAAAAGUAAAGAGAAGAACACAGCGUGUUUCCAGAAACAGCUUGACGGAACAGAUAUUAUCAAAGAACUCUACAAGCGCAUGGACCCAACUGUGACACAACCUGAUAGUGGAGAUAUUAAAGGAGAUAUACAACUGUCUCUCAAGUACAAUCACAAACAACAGCUCUUACUAGUUAAAGUCAUUCGAGCUAGAGACCUUGUUCCCCGAGAUCUCAAUGGAAACUCAGACCCAUAUGCUGUGUUAGAUCUUGUCCCAGAUAUGAACGAGGAAGGACAGAAAAAGACAGGGUACAAGUCCAAGACACUCAAUCCAGUUUUCAACGAAAUAUUUUCUUUCCAAUUGGAUCAAUCAUGCAUAGCAGACACAAAGCUAAGAGUAGCAGUCUGGGACCAUGACUUUUUUGGUGAAGAUGACUUCAAUGGGGAAGGUGUAGUGGACUUAUCCACAAUCAGUCUUGGCACUGGGACUUACACGGAUUGGUUUAUGCUUCAGCUUGCGACUGAUUUCAGCAUCAAAGGAGAAUUAGAAAUAAGUCUUGAAUAUGAAGAACCUGAAACUUUGAUAGUAACCAUCCACAAAGCAUUCAACGUCAAGGCUGGAAACACACUGAGGAACACGUCUGAUGCCUUUGUCAAGUGUGCAAUUUCUGGAACCAGUUUUCAAUAUGAAACUAAGGUUGUGAGUGGUACGUUGUGUCCAGAAUUCGAAGAAACGUUUGAAUUCACUGUUCCGCCGGAAGAGUUUUCGUCAAGGGCUGUGUUGUUUCACAUUUUUGACAAGGAAGCUGUUGGCAGCAACAAUUCACUGGGACAAGUCAACAUAGAGCUUAAGUACCUGGACCUGGAUGAGCCAAUAAGAAAACGGUACCCUCUAGCUGAUCUGAAAAAUGAAUCUUACAAGAGAGCCGAAUGGGCACAGACUGCCCUAGCUCAAGAGUUCAGGGAGGCCAUGUACGCGCAUGCGUUAUACAGACAUCCCAUUUUCUUGCGUGGCAUUGAAACUAAAGGGCGCAAGAUGUACUCAUUGAGCAGUCGGGGCGCUGGUUCAUCCUCCAAAGUGUUCCUGGUCAAUGGUAUACCCGGUUAAACUAACUGUCAUACUUUUUGGAAGUCAUUUUUUUACGACAUAGCAAAGAACUAAGAAACUUAAACAUCCUUACGCACUAACCUACAUACGUGUCCUGUCAGUGGUCUCGUUUGGAUACUCCUGUAACUAAACUCAUUUCUUCUAAGCUGAAUUGUUCGGAGCACUUUUCGAACUAAUGAAAAUUACUACAAGAUACGUGAACGUGAUUGGUUAUCGGCUUCCCGAUUUUUAGCAAAAAUACGACCAUGCACGACGCGUUAUGCCUGUGAAAAUGGACAGUGUGCGUUAUUUUCGCGCGUGGAAGAAGAUCAACCGUGGUGCAAUAUCGUUAUGAAUGCGUUUAAUCAAUAGGUAUCGUGAUGUUCAAAUACUGCUAUCGCUUGGAUUGAUUGGACCGCCGCGUAUAGAAGUUCUUACCGCCGUUCGCAGGUUCUUUCUCGUGUCUGGAUUUCGACUUACGGUUCCUGUUCGAGCAUAGCCGCCUAUCACAUCAUGAGUCGGUGCCUAGGGAAAAAGUCACUUGUAACCUUUCGCUCUCAAGAUCUUCAUAGUAAUUCUCACUACUGUCUGCUACACAAUUCUUAUGAUGCAAGUUUGGGGAAUUCGUAUUGGAUCAACUGAAAAUCCCCUCGUUUAUAUUUUCCUUUAUUCUCAUGGCUUGCCUGCUUGGUACUUUAAGGAGAAAAUCUGUCUUGGUCACUCAUGCCAGUUUAAGGGUUAAACCCUAGUAAAGUUGUAUCCAAGGUUGGAUUUCAUCUCCUUCUAAGAGAAAUAUGCGUAUGUUUGGUUAUAUUUUCAAGCGAUGUUAUUUAUUUUUGUUAUUAUUUAUAGUCCCUGUUUUUUUUUUAAUUAAACGUUUUUUAACAUCACUCGCAUGGCUGUGUGGUAUGGUGAUACGUGUGUUUUAGAAAGGGUGAAGGGACAAAGAUAUAGCAAUUUGAAAGUGUGGUUAUAAUGUAGUUAUGUAGUUAUACAACACAAAUUUGUAGCUGUUGUUAAUUUUGCGUGAUUAAAGGUGGUUCACCUUG